AUGGCUGAGUUCUUACUGCCUGGUACCAACAGCUUCUGUAAGUUCACUUUGGAAUCCUUGGCUGCUAUUGAAAAGAGGAUUGCUGCCAAGAAGAAUUGUCGAAGAAAUACUAUAGACCAGAAACCUGAGGAGAAACCACGUCCUCAGCUUGACCUAAAAGCUUUCCAAAAGCUACCAGCUCUCUAUGGCAAUCCUCCUCCAGAGCUCAUUGGGGAACCACUGGAGGAUCUCGACCCAUACUACGAAGAUCGUAAGGUUUUCAUAGUGCUAAACAAGCAGAAAACAAUCUUCAGAUUUACUGCUACACGUGCCUUAUGGAUCCUCAGUCCUUUCCACCCAAUCCGAAGAACAGCAAUUAAAAUUUUAGUCCAUUCAUUAUUCACUUUGUUUAUCAUGUGCACUAUUCUAACUAAUUGUGUAUUUAUGGCUCUGACUGAGACCCCUAAGAAUUCUUCAUCUGCUUCAUGGAACAAGUAUGUUGAAUUUACUUUCACUGGCAUUUACACUUUUGAAUCAUUGAUAAAAAUAUUGGCAAGAGGCUUCUGUCUAAAUGAAUUCACCUUCCUCCGAGAUCCCUGGAACUGGUUGGAUUUCACUGUUAUCGUUAUGGCGUAUGUGGGAGCAGUUAGUAACUUGGGGAGUGUGUCAGUCCUUCGGACUUUCAGGGUUCUGAGAGCUUUAAAAACCAUUUCAGUAAUUCCAGGACUCAAGAUCAUUGUAGGGGCACUUAUCCAGUCUGUUAAGAAGCUUUCUGAUGUGAUGAUUCUGACUGUUUUCUGCCUGAGUGUCUUUGCCCUUAUAGGCCUCCAGCUUUUUAAGGGCAAUCUGAGAUACAAGUGUACCAAGAACUGUACAGAGCUCAAUAUUACAGCAGAUGAAUUCUAUGAAAUGUUUGCUAAUGAUACAGAAUACUUUCCUAGGAAAGAGGGCACCUCAGAUAUUUUGCUAUGUGGUCCUGGUGCUGGGACCUGUCCUCCAGGGUACAUAUGCUUGAGAAUUGGGCCCAAUCCUGACUAUGGUUUCACUAGUUUCGACACAUUUGGCUGGGCUUUUCUUUCCUUAUUCCGCCUGAUGACCCAGGACUACUGGGAGCGUCUGUACCAGCAGACCCUCAGAGCUUCUGGGAAGGUGUAUAUAUUCUUCUUCAUGCUGGUCAUCUUUCUGGGCUCAUUUUAUCUAGUCAACUUGAUUCUGGCUGUAGUAACAAUGGCAUACGAAGACCAGAACAAGGCCACCAUUGCUGAAACAGAGGCAAAGGAAAGAAAGCUUCGGGAAGCCAUGGAAUUGUUACAGAAGGAGCAGUCAUUGGCUCUUAAAGGAAAUGAUAUCCUGUCAGUUAGCUCCCUCGAAGCCUCUCCUCUGUCUACCAAAGAAAUCAAAGAAAGAAGUAACAGAAAAAAGAGAAAGAAAUCCUUGGGGAUAGAAGAUAAUGAAGAAGAACAACAAUUCCCCAAAUCACAGUCCACAGACAAUCAACGAAAGUUGUCUUUCCUUGGCCUGAUGUAUGCACACCAGGCGAAGCGCAGACCUAGCCAUGGCAGCGUGUUCAACUUCCAAAUACCUGCUUUGGAAGUUGAUUCCAGAAUGGAUUUGGGUGAUGAGGAAACAUGCAGUGCUGGGGAACACAAGAUCUCGCAGCGGUCACCAUCAGUCACGCAGAUGGGAAGGCGCUCCAGCAUCCAAAGUCUGAUGACCCACAGCUCUCACCCUGCCACCCCCAACUACCUGCAGGGCAGCAAGUGGCCUAACACAGAUGACUGCAAUGGAAUGAUUUCAGUGAUGGGAGGGGGAAGCAGCAGAGUGCACAGUCUAGAUCCAGUGUCUUCUGAAGGAGUUAUGCUCCCACCAGUAAUGGAAGACCCGGGAAAAGGGAAUCUGCAGGCAGCUGUAAAUGAUGAGAGCAGCAUGAUGCAUUUGCCUCCUCAUCUGUCAGUGGAGCACUUUAACGAGGCACUUCAGAGACAAAGGGCAGCAAGCGUAGUCAGCAUAAUUACCAGUGUCUUGGAGGAACUUGAAGAAUCUCAGAGGAGAUGUCCACCGUGCCUGAGUGAUUUUGCUUUGAAGUAUCUCAUUUGGGACUGUUGUCCGCUUUGGUUGAGAAUCAAGAAAAAAGUGUCUGCUUUCAUAAAGGAUCCUUUUAUUGAUCUCACCAUCACCAUUUGCAUCGUGGUGAACACUUUGUUCAUGGCACUGGAGCACAAUAAUAUGUCAGACGGUUUUAAAUUCAUGCUUAAUGUAGGCAACUUGGUUUUUACAGGGAUCUUCACUGCAGAAAUGAUCUUGAAAAUCAUUGCCCUAGAUCCCUAUUAUUACUUUCAGCAGCCCUGGAAUAUUUUUGACAGUGUGAUUGUCACCCUGAGUUUAAUUGAACUCAGUUUCCCCAAGCACAAAAGCAAGAAAGAAAGGCGAAAAGGAGGAGUCCUGUCGGUUUUACGAUCCUUCAGACUGCUGAGGGUCUUCAAACUGGCGAAGUCCUGGCCGACGUUAAACACGCUCAUUAAAAUAAUUGGUAACUCCCUGGGAGCACUGAGUAAUCUGACCCUUGUCCUGGCAAUCAUCGUUUUCAUUUUUGCUAUAGUAGGGGUGCAACUCUUUGGGAGAGAUUAUUGGGAGAACAGGUAUAAGAUAUCCAAAAAUGGCAAGCCACGCUGGCACAUGAUGGACUUCUACCACUCGUUCCUCAUUGUCUUCCGAAUUCUGUGCGGAGAAUGGAUUGAGACCAUGUGGGAUUGCAUGGUGGUUGCUGAACAGCCACUGUGCCUUCUGGUCUUUCUGCUGGUCAUGGUGCUAGGAAAUUUAGUGGUUCUCAACCUUUUCAUUGCCCUGCUGCUGAAUUCCUUCAGUGCUGACUGUCUCCAGACAGCAGAGGAUGACAGAGAGAUGAACAAUCUUCGAAUUGCUUUUGCUCGGAUUCACAGGGGACUUCACUUUGUGAAGAGGGUUACGUGGGACACCUGUUAUGGAAAGCUCAGGCACAGAAAGAAAGCCCACAGGAAGAAAAUUGAAUUGACUGCACAGAACCCACUUGGCUUCAAGUCUGAGGAAAUGAGAAAUUGCAAAGAGAAUUACAAUAACGAAUGGGUUGAGAAAAAGGAGGAUAAAUGCUCAGGGCUCGAAGAUUUUGUUGCCAAUCCCAAUAUAUUUGUUUCUGUCCCUAUAGCUGAGGAGGAGAAUACAAGUGAGGGAUUUGAAGAUGGUGAUAAACUGAGCACAUGUACAGACCCAGAAUACAGCAAACAGGAUGAAAAUCACCUCAGGCAAAGGGGAGAAAGAGCAAAACAUUCAGGCAGCUGGAGUAAAGGAUCCGGAUUCUCCUCUGAGGAAUUCAGUCUGCUUUACCUAGAAAAGGAUAGGAAGGUCGAAUCCUCAUCACCAGAAAAAGAGCAGCUUUGCAGUGAUAGCUCUUCUGAAGGCAGCACAGUAGAUCUGACAAAUCCUGAAGAUCUCUUGAGGCAGAUUCCAGAGUUUGCUGAAGACUCAAAGACUCCAGAAAAUUGCUUUCCAGAAGGUUGUGUUCAGUAUUUCCGUUGUUACAUGGGGAGUACCAUAAAGGCUGGAAGAGGAACAUGGUGGAAUCUGAGAAAAACCUGCUACCGGAUUGUUGAACACUCCUGGUUUGAAUCCUUUAUCAUAUUCAUGAUCCUCCUGAGCAGCGGAGCCCUGGCAUUUGAGGACAUCCACAUAAAUAAGAGGGAAAGAAUUAGAGAUAUGUUGGCAUUUCUGGACAAAAUAUUUACUUUUGUCUUUGUUCUGGAAAUGGUCCUGAAAUGGGUGGCUUAUGGCUUCAAGAAGUAUUUCACCAAUGCCUGGUGCUGGUUGGAUUUCUUCAUUGUGGGAGUUUCUUUAAUAGACCUCUCUGGCAUUUCAUCUGGUCCUAUGAAAUCUCUUCGGACUCUCCGAGCUCUGAGACCCCUAAGAGCAUUGUCACGGUUUGAGGGCAUGAGGGUGGUGGUCAAUGCCCUGCUGGGAGCCAUCCCUUCCAUCAUGAAUGUUCUGCUUGUCUGUCUCAUCUUCUGGCUCAUCUUUAGCAUCAUGGGAGUGAACCUCUUUGCUGGGAAGUUUGGGAAAUGUGUUAAUCUGACAGAAGAAGAUGCAUCAUUAAAUGAGUCAAUCGAUGACAAAAGAGACUGUGGAAUGUAUAAUAACACAGGGAAAAUAUUCUGGGUCAAUGUUAAAGUCAACUUUGAUAAUGUUGGCUCUGGCUACCUGGCUCUUCUUCAGGUGGCAACAUUUAAAGGUUGGAUGGACAUCAUGUAUGCAGCAGUGGAUUCCAGAGAGAAAAAUGAGCAGCCAAGAAUGGAGUCCAAUCCCUUUAUGUAUCUCUACUUUGUGAACUUCAUCGUCUUUGGAUCUUUCUUCACCCUGAAUCUCUUUGUUGGUGUUAUUAUUGACAACUUUAACCAACAAAAGAAAAAGUUAGGGGGGGAGGAUAUUUUUAUGACCGAAGAACAGAAAAAAUAUUACAAUGCAAUGAAAAAGUUGGGAUCCAAGAAGCCUCAAAAACCCAUUCCAAGACCACUGAACAAAUACCAGAGGUUCCUUUUUGACAUUGUAACAUGCCAAGUUUUUGAUGUUGUCGUCAUGUUUCUCAUCUGCCUCAACAUGGUCAUCAUGAUGGUGGAAACCUAUGAGCAAAGUGAAAUGAAGACUAACAUACUUAACAAAUUCAAUAUACUCUUCAUUGCCAUCUUUACUGCAGAGUGUGUAUUGAAAUUGGUGGCUCUGAGGCAGUACUACUUCUCAAAUGCCUGGAACAUAUUUGAUUUAGUUGUGGUGAUCAUGUCACUUGUGGCCUCACUGCUUUCUGGCAUUGGUAAAGCAUUUGAACAUAUCUUACCACCUACACUCUUCAGGGUCAUUCGCUUGGCUCGGAUUGGACGAAUACUACGACUCAUCCGGGCCGCCAGAGGAAUCCGAACUCUUCUCUUUGCCUUAAUGAUGUCUCUGCCUGCUCUGUUCAACAUUGGCCUCUUGCUCUUUCUGGUCAUGUUCAUUUAUGCCAUUUUUGGCAUGACUAACUUUGCCUAUGUGAAGAUGGAAGAUGGCAUCGAUGACAUGUUCAACUUCCAAACCUUUGCUAACAGCAUGCUGUGUCUCUUCCAAAUCACCACAUCAGCUGGUUGGGAUGGUCUUCUCAGUCCCAUUUUAAACACUGGGCCACCAUACUGUGACCCAAACAUACAUGGUACUGUAGGUGAAUGUGGCAAACCUGCUAUAGGUAUUAUUUAUUUUGUAAGUUAUAUCAUUAUAUCAUUUCUCAUUGUUGUAAACAUGUAUAUAGCUGUUAUUCUGGAGAACUUCAAUGCUGCUACUGAGGAAAGUACAGAGCCUUUAGGGGAAGAUGAUUUUGACAUCUUUUAUGAAAUCUGGGAGAAGUUUGAUCCUGAGGCAACUCAGUUUAUAGCUUUCUCUGAGCUCUCAGACUUUGCUGAUGCUCUAGCUGAACCUUUACGUGUACCAAAACCAAACAAAGUUGAACUCAUAGCGAUGGACUUGCCUAUGGUCAGUGGAGACAGGAUCCACUGCUUGGAUAUCUUGUUUGCUUUUACCAAACGAGUGUUAGGAGAUUCUGGGGUGCUGGAUACUCUAAAAGUACAAAUGGAAGAGAAAUUCAUGGCUUCCAAUCCAUCCAAAAAAUCAUAUGAGCCAAUCUCUACUACACUCAGACACAGACAAGAGGAGGCUUCUGCCACUGUCAUCCAGCGUGCCUAUAGGAGUCAUUUGUUCCUGCGCUCCCUAAAGCAGGCUUCUUACCUGCACCAUCACAGAACUUGCAGUGUUGACACCCUUGGAGAUGGUGGUCCAGAAAAAGAAGGACUUAUUGCAACUAUGAUGAGUAAACACUAUGGUAUGAGUCCUGACAAGUCUGAAACAUUGUCCUCAUCAUCCUUUCCUCCAUCAUAUGACAGCGUCACAAGAGCUAGUAGUGGCAAUCUUGUGGAUGAGAAUAGAGAGAUAGCAGGUAAUCAGCCAGCUCCAGAAAUGAAAUAG